AUGGAUCCGUUCUCAAUCACAGUCGGUAUCGUCGGGCUGGUGGAUGGCGGAUUGAGUUUAUCCAGGGAGUUGAAAGGCAAGAUUGCUGCUUUUCAGCAUGCUGAGCAAGAAGUUAUGGAGCUGGCGCACGAGAUUGAUUUGUGUACGACUUUGCUGGAUAUUCUUGGGCAGAGCUUUGAUCGUCCAGAGAACGCUUAUCCUAGAAAUGUUGUCAAGCAGACGAAAAGGUUGGUUGAAGAUAUGAACGAGAUCUUCAACCGCGUCAUGGCACUACUACAAAACUUCGAUGCUUCCGCCAGAGCCAACGCCAAGUACAUGAUCGAUGCCGGUGAGCUGAAGGAACAACACUCCAAGCUCAAAGGUCUGCAAUUGAGCUUUGUCUUCAUGCUCUCUGUCUGUCCUCCGACCCAUCCUACAGCUGCCUUGGAUACUGCGACUUCGAUAGGAUCGGCAGAGGCUGGAAGACUGGAAGGUACCUUUCAAGUCCCCAUUACUGGCACUUCUGCGAGUGGCGAGCCCGUGACCUAUACGGCGAUAUUGACAUUACAACCAUCUGGCGCUGGACGAGGGCCUACAUCACCUGCAAAGCGUCCACAAGAGACAUCGUCUUCCAGCCCAGAUUUUACAGAGCAACUAAGUCACCUACGACAAGAUCAACGGCUCAAGAAGAAACUGGCCAACCUCGCCAGCAAUCCAUUCUUCGCAAAGGACUCUUUCGGCGGCUUAUUCGGCACUCAUAAAUCCAGAACAUCAAGUCCAAGGAAGACCGAGGUGGUCGAAUACUCGUAUGUCGAACCUAUGAUCGAUGAGAAGACAGGUUUACCGGACGAAGCAGCCAACGGCGAGGCGACCACGUAUGCUUCUGUGCCUUUCUCGACAUACGAGGAUGCAGUCGAUGCGGAACCAGAACAGGAAAGGGAGUUUGCUGACCGCCUUGCUGAGGAAUCGAGUCGAGAUGCUGAGGAUAUAUUGGACUAUUUAUAUGACGAUACCGACGACACGAAAGCUACCGACAGUGGCCAGGAAAUGCAGACCACUUCAGUCAGAGAUCAUGCGGGAGUGGUACCCAUUAUACCAGACGUCAGCCCUCCUAGCACAACAGACGAAACACCAGACGAAGCACUCCCGCGCCCAUCAGCAGCGGAGGAGUUCGAAGAUCCAAUGCAGGAUGCGAUGCGACUACGACUCCAGCAGAGCAACUCUCCUGAUCCUUCAACGCCACCCGUUAGCUUCAGCCGCCCGAUAGCGAACCGCAAUAUGCCUCAGCAUCCGUCAGUACAACGUAUGCAAGACGCUCAGCAACUCGUCAAGACAACACCAUCUCGCUCAUCGAAUCGCACGAAUGGAUCGAGGACGUCUGUGUAUUCGAAUGUGACAUCGAGGCGGAGGACUUGUGAUGGAUGUGAUUGCAAGAUACCGUCGGAAAUGCACCGCUAUCGCUGCGGCGAGUGCUUCGAUUUCGAAUUCUGCGAACCGUGUUUUCUGGCCGCUGAGAGCACUGAAGCCUCGAUAUGGCAUCCUCAUCCCCAGAACUCUUUCACGCAAGUGGAGCAGCAAGCAGGACAACAGCAAGGAAGGCCGACGCGAUAG